UUUCUCGUAACUUAAUCAGAGAUAUUGUGAAGACCGAACUCAAAGGUCGUUUGCGUGUAUGUUUAAUUAAAAAUAUAUUCAUAAUAUAUUUUUAAGUAAUAUUGUAUUCGUGAACUCGAUAGUGAAUAGAAACACAAGUUGUCGAGGCGCAUUAAAAAGUGUGGUUUAUUAUUAGUUUUGACGCAAUUAGUGUUGAAAAUCGAUUGUUUCCAAGCUAACAAAACUUAUCAGUCUCAACGCAAAAGUUAUAAUUUUAUGAUUAUAACUUUAGAAAAUGGGGAACAAAUCGUCAUUGUUAUUGAGAGAAGAAGAAAUAGCACAAAUUCAAGAAGAAACUGGCUUUACUCCAAAUCAAAUUGAGCGCCUGUACUCACGUUUCACAGCACUGGAUAAGAAUGACUGUGGGACAUUAUCAAGGGAAGAUUUCCUCAGAAUUCCAGAAUUAGCUAUCAACCCCUUGAGCGAAAGGAUUGUCCAUUCUUUCUUUGCCGAGAGCCACGAUGACAGAGUAAAUUUUCUACAGUUUAUGAGAGUGCUGUCCCACUUCCGUCCUAUCAGGAAGAAUAGGGAGAAUAGGCUGAACAGCAGAGAAGAAAAAUUAAGAUUUGCUUUUUCAAUGUACGAUCUGGACAAUGACGGUAAGAUUUCACGUGAUGAACUGUUGGCUAUACUUCAUAUGAUGGUCGGAGUAAAUAUCAGCGAAGAGCAACUGACAAGCAUUGCUGAGAGGACAAUCAUAGAAGCUGAUACAAACAAUGAUCAAAUGAUCUCAUUUGAAGAGUUUUGCCGAGCUCUGGAGAGGACAGAUGUUGAGCAAAAGAUGUCUAUUCGCUUCCUCAAUUGACCUCCAAACUCUUGAACAAUAUACAUUACUUACAUCAUGGCCACACUACUAGCGGUCAUUGUCUAUGGGCUCCUAACAAAAAAGUAAACUAUUGUUCAUGCUCUGAGAAAAGUCAGAUGCGUUUAAUUUAACAUAACUUUAUUAAAUAAUUUAUUUUUAGUAAGUAGUUUGAAUUGGGUAUUAAUGGGGACUAUUGUAAUAUAGGCGAUUUCCUGCUUAUUAGUCAAAGUAUAAUAGUUAAAUUAAUUUAAUCAAAUGUGUUGUUAAAUUCAAUUAAACUAAAAUAACUAAAUGAUAUAUAAUCCAUGUAAAACAUGUAUUUGUAAAAUAACAUUUAGGUUUUUCUUCUUGUACAAACUGCAUUUAGUAUUUUAAUAUAGCAAAUGUUAAAAUCCAUUUAGACGUUGCAGAGACGUCAUUAAUCUGAAGAUUAUAAAUAGUAUGAAAAAAAAAAUGAUAAGUAACAAAAAGGUUAUAACUGUAUUUUUAUAUAACUAUCGAUUAUACAUACAAUAAUAAUAUGCCCUAUCCAGCCGUAAUCUAUGUAUUUAUUUCAACUUUUGUAUUCUGUCUCACUCGCACAUAACGGAUACAAAUACCAGCCAAUGAGAUGAAUUGUAUCGUUCUGUAUGCUAGUUCUAUAUUUUACAUGUUAAAAUGCUGUUGUUGCUUAAAAAAUAUUAAUCUAGAAUUUUUUAAUAACCAUAAUAUAAUAUUUAAUAACAAAAUCUAGAAUGGGCUCUCUUUUGUAUUCUGUAGGCUUACAAAGCGUUUUAUGGUUAUCAAUGUGACCUUAGUGGAUUAUUAAUGUAUUAUAGCAAAUUUAGCGAAAAAAGGGGGUUAAUAAUGAAAAAAAAAUCAAUAAUAAUAAAAAAGUAACUAUUAGAAUAUGAAGUUAACUAUAAAUGUGAUCAUAAUUGUGUAGAUAAAUAUAUGUCAAUAUUUAUGUAA